ACAAUACCGAUACUUAGGUAGUAGUUCUAAAAAUUCCCCAACUGUCGGAGGCACAAGAAGACAACGGAGAAGUUGAAGAAAAGCCAUAAAUAACCAUUCCCAACAACAACCCACCCAUUUGGUCCCACCACCAAAUUUUCAAAGUAACCUUUAAAACAAAGUUAAAGUUAAAGUCGAAUCUCUUAACAAAUUUCCACAUCAAUCCACCACCCACACUAUCAAAUCAAUAACCAUUCUCAAACGUGAUUUUCAACUUCAUGCUCUAAUCUAUUCUUUCUCCUUCAAUACAACUACAAGGGUCAAUUGAAUGAAUUUCCUUUGAGUAUAGUGAAACCAAUGAAAGGUGAAAUGGGGAGUGGGUCAUGGCUCAAUUCUCUGUGGCCAGUUUCGCGCAAGAAUGUGUUAGAUAACAAGGCGGUAGUUGGAAUUUUGGCGUUAGAAGUUGCGAGUUUGAUGUCGAAGAUAACUAAUUUGUGGCGGUCUUUGAGUGAUUGGGAAGUGUUGAGUUUGAGGGAAGGGAUAGUGAAUUCUGUCGGGAUCAAAAUGUUGGUUUCUGAGGAAGAUGAUUACUUGAUGGAGCUUGUAUUGAAUGAUAUACUUGAUAACUUUCGAUUUCUAGCACAAUCUGUUGUUAGGUUUGGUAAGAGGUGCACGGAUCCUGUUUAUCAUCGGUUUGAACAUUUUGUUUGCAAUCCGGUUCAAAAUUAUAUUCAUUGGUCAGGGUGGGAGUAUAAAUGGAAAAAGAUGGAAAAGAAAGUGAAGAAAAUGGAAAAAAUGGUCGCCUCCACAACACAAUAUUGCCAAGAGCUUGAGGUACUAGCAGAGGUUGAACAGACUUUUAGGAGAAUGCAGGCGAAUCCUGAACUCCAUCGGCUAAAGUUACUCGAGUUUCAGAAGAAGGUCGCAUGUCGUCGCCAGGAAGUGAGGAAUCUAAGAGAUACGUCGCCGUGGAAUAGAAGUUAUGAAUACGUUGUCCGGUUGCUAGUAAAGUCACUAUUCACCAUACUCGAGAGGAUCAUACUUGUGUUUGGAAAUAAUCAUCAUCCGUCGUUGCAACAAGGAAACGACUCUCACGAUGUGAAUGCUAACAAUUUUCUGCGCAGUCAAUCCUUUUCGGUUUUCAUGCAUUCUUCCAUUUAUCCUUCGGAGAAUGACCUCUAUGGAUUCAACAACUCGGGUUCUGUUGGGAGGAGGCCGUACUUUUUAUCCAACAAGAGCAAGAAAACGAAAGAACAUAAGAAGGCUCUUCAUCCAUCAGAUAAACGCGGAAAGCACAAACGUUCGGAAAGCAAGCAGUUAGGAAAUAUCGGUCCAUUCAAAAGUUGCAUGUCUGUUACAAGCAACUCUCCUGUCAUACAGAGCUGCGUGCAGCAGACAAACGGUUACGGUGGUUCCAUGAGGUUGCCUGAUUCUCAUACGAAACAUGUUGAUAAAAUGAAAACUGCAGAAAAUUCAUCUCUCUCCAGUAGAAUUAGAAUAUAUUCUAAAUUACGUAUCAACAAUAUCUCAAAGCCAGGUUCGCUUACCCUUGGUGAUGCGGCUUUAGCCCUACAUUAUGCAAAUAUGAUUGUAUUGAUCGAGAAGAUGGCAUCAUCGCCUCACUCGGUUGACCUCAAAGCAAGAGAUGAUCUGUACAAUAUGCUUCCAACUAGUAUACGAAUUGUUACGAGGGCUAAGCUCAAAUGUCAUGCGACAAACAAGUCUUCCUCUUUCCAUGAUGCAGACAUUGUAGCAAAAUGGAGUACCAUGCUCGCGCAGACAUUGGAAUGGUUGGCUCCACUUGCGCAUAACACCAUAAGUUGGUAUUCUGAGAGAAACUAUGAGAGGGAGCAUGCAGCUGUAAAAGCAAAUGUUUUACUAGUGCAAACUCUUUUUUAUGCAAAUCAAGGUAAAGCUGAAGCUGCAAUGGUUGAUCUUCUUGUUGGUCUUAACUAUGUAUUCAAGAUUGAAACAAAAGUAGGUAUGAGAGAUAGAUGUGAAUGGCAAUGAUUUUUUAUAAACUUGUAGGUUAUGAAGUUGAUGUUGUAAUUGAAUGUCAUGAUCCUUGUAUAGCUAUCAUUUUCAAAUGGUUAGGCGUUUGUAUUAGUAUCUUAUAGUAAUACUCAUAUCCAUAUUAGUUUAGUAUUUUUUAUGCAUCAA